UGCGCAAUAGUGAUCCGCGGGUCGCGCUCGGCGGGGACCGGCCGGGGAGGACAUGCUGCCAAAUAGUGAUCCCCUGCCGGUGGUGGUCUCCUGAGGGGGCUGCGGGGUCCGCGGGCCGUCCCCUCGCUCCGCUCCUGCCCCCACAGCGCUCCCGGAGCCCCUCCGGCCUCCCAGCAGCGCCGCAGCGGCGGCGGGGCCUCUCCCAGGGCCCGGAGGGUGAGGAUCAAGUCUCAAUUUCUUCUGCUGAGUUGUGGAUACUGUUCAGGCUUCAAACUGGCGAUGUCAAGGGUGCCGAGUCCCCCUCCUCCGGCAGAGAUGUCCAGUGGGCCCGUGGCAGAGAGCUGGUGCUACACCCAGAUCAAGGUGGUGAAGUUCUCCUACAUGUGGACCAUCAACAACUUCAGCUUCUGCCGGGAGGAGAUGGGGGAGGUCAUCAAGAGCUCGACCUUCUCAUCUGGAGCCAACGAUAAGCUGAAAUGGUGUUUGCGUGUGAACCCCAAGGGCCUGGAUGAGGAGAGCAAGGAUUACCUGUCCCUGUACCUGCUGCUGGUGAGCUGCCCCAAGAGCGAGGUCCGAGCCAAGUUCAAGUUCUCCAUUCUCAACGCCAAAGGAGAGGAGACAAAAGCCAUGGAGAGCCAACGCGCCUAUCGCUUCGUGCAAGGCAAGGACUGGGGCUUCAAGAAAUUCAUCCGGAGAGAUUUCCUGCUGGAUGAAGCCAACGGACUCCUUCCAGAUGACAAACUCACUCUGUUCUGUGAGGUGAGUGUGGUGCAGGACUCAGUGAACAUCUCUGGCCAGAACACCAUGAACAUGGUGAAGGUGCCCGAGUGCCGCCUGGCCGACGAGCUGGGCGGGCUCUGGGAGAACUCGCGGUUCACGGACUGCUGCCUCUGCGUGGCAGGCCAGGAGUUCAAGGGGCACAAAGCCAUCCUGGCAGCGCGUUCCCCAGUGUUCAGCGCCAUGUUUGAGCACGAGAUGGAGGAGAGUAAAAAGAAUCGGGUUGAAAUCAAUGAUGUGGAGCCGGAAGUUUUUAAGGAAAUGAUGUGUUUUAUUUAUACUGGGAAGGCACCAAAUCUUGACAAAAUGGCUGAUGACUUGCUGGCAGCUGCUGACAAGGUAGAGUUGGGAUUCUGGGGAGCUGACAGGACUGGGAAUGAUGUUUUUCCUUUCCACAGUGCACUCGGAGCUCCCUGCAGGAGCCCCUGUGGGGCUGGGCGGGUUCCUGGAGCUGGUUGUGGCUGACAGGUAACCCUGGGUGUUGUCUGAGGUCCCUCUCACAGAAGAUCCACGUCAAACAUCCCACAGCUGGAUGAAUCCAGCUCUUACAAUAGCACAGGCAGCAGUUUCUGGGUCCACUGCUCAGGUUGAAGCUUUUUUUAAGCUCUGUUCUCUCACCUGAGCUGGGGGUGAGAAGAAGGUUUCCGGGUGGACCCACAGGGAUAUUUUUCCCUGUGGUUGUUCCCAGAUCUCCAAAGGCUGCUCUGCCUGCUGCCAGCUCCAGGAGAGGCUCCAAAGGGAUGCAUGGCCAGGACUGGGAAGGUGGUGCUGUGCAUUUGCCUUUGCCAGGGGCAAUCCCAGAGGGAAGGGAGCACUGGAGGAAGCCCUGGUGUGGUCUCCAGGGAACUGGGGUGACUGGAAGCUGCUGGAAGUCCCUGUGGAUUUGCCAGCUGGGCCUCCUUCCCUUUGCAGCAACUAAGAUGGGAAUUAAUGCAAGAUCCUUGGGCUGAUUGUAAUCAUUGCCCCAUAGUUUAUUCAAUAUUUAAAGGGUAUUGAUUGAGAGCUCACAACCACCUUUCUUACUUACUCUUGAGUAAAUAAGAAAGAAGCAGCAGUACAUUAAGGACAGAGUGGCUUUAAUUUUGACUUUCCUGGCUUAUAACAUAGUUGUGGGGUUUUUCCCUUUUCAACUCAUUCUGUGUCUUUUAAAAGCAGAAAUAAGAAAAAAAAUCUUUGGUGAAAGCACAUAAAACAUCCAAUAUUUACCCAGGAGACUGAAACAGCUUCUUCUGAGCUCCUCCUGUCUCUGGGGGGAAAUAUGUAAUUAGACCAAAACCAAACCAAAGCUCGUUUUGUCAGCCCAGGAGAUGCUGUGGCAGCACUGGGGCAGUGCUGGUGGAGGGUGGGGGUUUUAGGUGUGAUUAAGAAAGGGGGGAAGGGGAAAUGUUGGUACCUGAGAGACCAGAACGGCCAAUUUUGCCCACCAAUGUAAUUAGAAACUGAGCUAUUUGCAGCCAAAAAUAGAGCUAAAAAAUAUGUGCACGGAGGAGAAUAUUCCAUUUACAGAAGGAGAAUUUGCUGCAUUUUAAGCCACUGACAGACAAUCCUCUAAACUAAUGGCUUGGCCCAAUAAACUGGUUUAUUUCUCGGUCCAGAUUAGAAAGUAAAUUUGAUUUGCUGUCGUGGUGGGAGCAAACUGUCCUGGCUCUGAGCUGGGCCUCGGCCGGGAGCGCUGUGAUCAGAGUCCUACGUGACAAAACGUUUCUGUGAUCGAAAACUCCUCAUUUGAAUGUCGUCAUGAUGGGGUGAAAGUCUCAGAGCACCAAGGCAGUUCUGUCAGAGUGCUGCUGGGGUGGAAACAUCCCCAGGGAGCUCGUCCUGUGCUCGGGCACAGCCCCCCUGGGCUCAGACCC